AUGGAUGGCAUGAACGCGGUCUAUGCCCAGGACGAAUAUGGGCGUCCUUUUAUCAUCCUUAGAGAGCAGCAGAAAAAGUCAAGACUCAGUGGCAUCGAGGCUCAGAAGUCGCACAUUCUUGCUGCCAAGACUGUUGCCAACAUCAUCAAGACUUCGCUCGGACCUCGUGGUCUCGACAAGAUCUUGAUCUCCCCUGACGGUGAGAUUACCGUUACCAACGAUGGUGCCACCAUCCUCGACCAGAUGGAUGUCCAGCACCAGAUCGCCAAGCUCUUGGUUCAGUUGUCAAAGUCGCAGGAUGAUGAGAUCGGAGACGGUACCACCGGUGUUGUUGUUAUGGCUGGUGCUUUGCUCGAGCAGGCUGAGCACUUGUUGGAUCGUGGCAUUCACCCUAUUCGUAUUGCUGAUGGAUUCGAGCGUGCUUGCAAUGUUGCUGUCGCCCACUUGGACACCAUUUCCGACGUUGUCGAGUUUUCCAGGGAAAACACCGAGAACCUUUACAAGACUGCCAAGACCAGUUUGGGAAGCAAGAUUGUCUCCAAGUGCCACGACCAGUAUGCCAGGAUCGCUGUCGACGCUGUUCUUCAGGUUGCAGAUUUGGAGCGCAAGGAUGUUGACUUUGAGUUGAUCAAGGUGGAUGGCAAGGUCGGAGGAUCGUUGGCUGACACUGUUUUGGUCAAGGGAGUUGUCAUCGACAAGGACUUUUCUCACCCUCAGAUGCCCCGUGAGGUCAAGGAUGCCAAGAUUGCCAUUUUGACCUGCGCCUUUGAGCCCCCAAAGCCCAAGACCAAGCACAAGUUGGAUAUUACCUCGGUUGAGGAGUACAAGAAGUUGCAGUCGUACGAGAAGGAGAAGUUCGAGCAGAUGAUCAAGCAGGUCAAGGAUACUGGUGCCAACUUGGUUAUUUGCCAAUGGGGAUUUGAUGACGAGGCCAACCAUUUGUUGAUGCAGAAUAAGCUUCCUUCCGUUCGCUGGGUCGGAGGUCCCGAGAUUGAGUUGAUUGCCAUUGCCACUAACGGACGCAUUGUUCCUCGUUUCGAGGACCUUGCCGCCUCCAAGCUCGGACAUGCAGGAAUCAUUCGUGAGUUGAGCUUUGGAACCACCAAGGAUCGCAUGUUGGUCAUUGAGGAGUGCGCCAACACCCGUGCCGUCACUGUGUUUGUCCGUGGAGGCAACAAGAUGAUUAUCGAUGAGGCCAAGCGCUCGCUUCACGAUGCUAUUUGCGUCGUCCGUAACUUGGUCAAGGAUAACCGUGUCGUCUAUGGUGGUGGAGCUGCCGAGAUUGCCUGCGCGCUCGCUGUUUCGAAGGCUGCCGAUGAGAUCUCGAGUGUUCACCAGUAUGCCAUGCGCGCCUUUGCCGAGGCUCUUGAGGCAAUCCCUCUUGCGUUGGCCGAGAACUCUGGUCUGCCCCCAAUUGAGACGUUGGCUGAGGUCAAGUCUCGCCAGGUGACGGAGAACAACAGCCGACUUGGAGUUGAUUGUUUGUACAAGGGUACGAACGACAUGAAGGAGCAGUUUGUGUACGAUCCCCUGAUCUCGAAGAGACAGCAGAUCCUGUUGGCAACACAGCUCGUCAAGCACAUCCUCAAAAUUGACGAUCUGAUCACAAGCCACGUCGAGUAA